AGAGACAGCAGCAGCACGGGGGAGGGGAGAGUUGACACACAGGAAGCGUUGCAGGGGGACACCGCUCUCGGGACCGUCCACUUGGAGACUGCCAGUGACAUCCGCGCUGUCUCACACGCAGUCAGUAGCGACUGAGGCGCUGCCGCCAGCUGAGGAGGAGGGCAGUCAUUCCGGGAAUGCUGGGCUUAGCCUGGGAGACAGGACCUGCACAAUGCGUAGAGGAGGGUGGAGGAAUCGUACGGAAAGCAGUGAUGGCUGGGGUGCCACCGGGUACAUGGCGGCUAAGGUACAGAAACUAGAUGAGCAGUUUCGACUAGAUGCCCCACUGCAGCAACAGACAGACGGAACAGCCACCAACAUCUUUAAUGGGGUUUCAAUCUAUGUGAAUGGUUAUACAGAUCCCACCGCAGAUCAGCUGAGACAUCUUAUGAUGCUACAUGGAGGCCAAUUUCAUGUUUACUACUCCCGUUCUAAAACUACCCACAUUAUUGCAACUAAUCUCCCAAACAGCAAAAUCAAAGAGCUAAAAGAUGAGAAAGUGGUGCGUCCAGAGUGGAUUACAGAUAGCUUUAUACAAAGCAGUCCAGUGUUCAGAAGACUUUGAACUUCACCUCCAAAUGUAAACCAGAAGAU